UUCCCUUCCAUAACAGCGUUUGAGAGCAAUGGUUUAAAGAUUGAUUUCGCGUUCGAAAAGGUCCCAGGCAACCCAUCUGAUGUGGUGUCUAUUAUGGUAACAGCUACAAACUCACUCACCUUUCCCAUGACUGACUUCGUAUUUCAAGCCGCUGUUCCUAAGGUAUGGACUUACAGUUAUACUGUUUUAAUUUCUUGACCAUUUUUUCUAUUAUCGGAUAACUCCAAGGGGUGACCCCCGUACCCCAGGAUAGUUGUCCUAAUAUCUGCUCAAAUGUUUUCAGUCAUCUGUAGCCUCACGUGCAGAUCGUUGCCUAAAUAGACUCUCUCACUGGUUUGUCACACACGGCUUUUACCUGCCACUUCUAGUGGGUAAAAGUGAUCUGCCAGUGAGACAAGUCACCUAAAUAGGCCACCGUUCACAGCACCAAAAGAUCAUCUGUUUAAAGUUUUAAAAAUGGGGGAAUUUCAUAUAUCCCAUGAUGCAUCGCUUCAUACUAUAUUAUCAAGCUUCCGAACGCACGUGAUGCUAUCAGUUCAACAAGGACGUGACAGUUGAAUAGGAGUGGAAAGCGACUUCUUUUGCCGAUAACACUUUCUGUACCUUUGUUGUGUCGAUCUAUUUACGAUUUUCUUUUUACUAUUCCAAAUAUAUCUCUCCUUAAGUCAAAGAGAGUAUUUUGGCCGCCGAUUAUGAGUUAACUAGCCUUACGAUAGCAACGCAGUCCGCACAAAUGUUCUUAGAAGCUAGCGGGGAAGGUCUUUGCGUCAGUACGUCCUGUUUUAACUUGCGUUGAUAAAGCUCUCCAUGGAUUAACAAGCGAUUUCCACGUACUUGGCAUGAAAUAAAUACAUAUUCUUUAUGUUUAGUGUAUGAUCAUGUCAUAAUGUUGUCAAAGAACUAAUCUGCACACUCCCCUGGCAGUCACUUGAUCAACUUAGGUGCAACUAGCUGUAAAUUAAUCAACCAUGGGUUAAAACCUUCGGGUCAACAAUAAAUUCGACGUUGGUAGUGUUGGCAUAAUCCACCAAUUUUCCUGUGAUUUUAGCGGUCCUCCAUCGCACCUCAGGUUAUUUUAAAAUACACUUUCUACUUUGAAAUACACUGUGAGAUCGCUGAAAUACAUGUGAAAGGGAUUAUUAACCGAUAGUAUUAAUAAUAAAUUGGAAAAAGUUAUUUAAUUAAUGAGCAUGCGCUUAACCGUGAACCUGUCCGUUAAACAGCCAGUCCACUCAAAUACUUAGAAAAAAAUAAUUCAAAUACAACAUAACAGGAUUAAAAACCUUAACUAGCAGGAGGCCACCAGUUGGCUAUUUACAAGCGUGGCAGAGGAUUUGAGCUCGGGACGACCGAGAACAAAUCUAGGAAGUGGCCAGAGCGGGACCUCGAACCCGGGUCCACCAGAUGGCGAGUCCGACGCGCUGACCACUCGGCCACGAUACCUCCUAACCUUAUCCCAUCUAACAGAAUCAUGCAAUUUAUGGCGACUCUUUCAUUUGGAAACGGUGUCCAGGGUGGAUCUUUGUAACAUAAGCAGCAGUGUUCAUUUGUAUUCUCCACCGACUGAACUGAGGUGAUGAUUUGCCACGCCCCUCGGCAUCACGCGUGUGAAACUCGAGUCAAUGACCCGAGGAUUUCCUCAGGGCUCCACCCUGGAGUAAGCUACUGAGUGAUCGCUGCUCUACUAACCCGUAUCACUCUUGUCUAGCGUUCUGUUGAUGAUGAAGAACUAACAAAAGGUGAAUCGAAUCAGACGUGCAGUUAAUAGUGAAAACGAACUCACUGUGAUUUAGCACUGCACAGUUACCAUUCUUUGUUCUGUUUUCUUAUGUUCAUAGACAUUCCAGUUACAGCUUCAAAGCCCGUCUGGUAAUGUUAUACCGCCGAAUAACUCUGGAGCCAUUAAUCAAGGACUUAAAGUCGCAAACCCUCAAAAGGUACAAUCAUGCUUCUUGCACUUUUACUUUUAAAUUUUGUGCUCAUAGCCAUCUUCUGCCCCUGUGUAACGUGAUCAGUAGGGGAAUGACAUUGGGCGAUGGGAUCCUGCAUUGGGGAGUUUUUGUCCUGGUUUUAUUUAUAAGGUUUUUAGGAUAUUAGGAUGUUUAUGUAGUGGAACCUCAACAUAGCGAAGGGCCACGGGACUGGCAAAAUUUGUUCGCUAUAAGGAAGUUUGGUUAUAUCAAGGUUCUUUUCCGUAUAUUUUACUAUAACUGGGGUAAAGAAAAUCAUUCGUCAUACCGAGGACUUCGUUAUAUAGAGGUUCAUUACAUUGAGUUUCCACUGUACCUGAUUCAAUGAAGUUUGCUUUGGGUAUCGGGCAAUUGCCCAAUAGGAAGCUAUUGUUUGCUGGUAACUCCGAAGCAAAUCAUUGCAGUGGCUUUCGUUUAUCCAAUUGCCAAUGACCAAUGACCAAUUGCCGAAGCAGCCUUUAUUGAAAAAGGUAUAUAUUGCAGUUGAUUUCCAGUCCCAAGGGCACUUUUUUUUUGUGGGGCUUUCAUUGUUUAAGAGCAUUAUUUUCCGAAAUUGCUUUUACGCAUCGUAGUUUUUGUCGUGGAUCAGUACUGUUGGAAUCCUCAGCUUACUCCUGGGCUAAGUUAUAAGCAACCAGCCAAUCAGGAGUAGCAUCAACGUCACGUCACUGCCUUCAAGCUCCUUCAAGCUCAUUCCUGAUAUCCGAUUCGCUAUUCCUAUUGGCUUCCGUUUAUAAUUGGCCCAGAAUACAUUAUCUUAGCUUUGACUGGCAAGAGAUUGGUCAUAGGAAGCAGAGCCGUUUUAUUUAGGUAUUUCGUGGUUUCUAUUACUCGUUUUAAUUGGAAACAGUCGUUACUGCUCAUUCAUGUAACUUUCUUUCUGUUGGGUUUUUAUUGUUCACUGAAAAUAACAUUCAACAUUCAAAAACUUUUUGGAUCCUGAUAUUGGUGCAGAGCCCCCUGAACUGUUUCUUUGUCUUCUAUUCUGUUUUUGUUCAGCUGGCUCGCUGGCUCUUUGACUCUAUCCGGGGCUAAGUCAUUUUGUAAUCAUUUGAUUAUUUUGAGUGAAAUUGUCAGCUGCACUACAAAGUGUUGUUUACGUUGUCGUGUAUGAGGUUGUUUAACGUGGCUCCCAACGUGACUACUUGAUGAGCACAACUGGGCGCGAGGAUUUUUUAAUAGUUUCUUCGAACUUUCACGUUUUCACUGGUUAUUGGAACACAAUAAUCAAACUCUUGGCAAAGUUUGUUUAAUAAGUCUAAUAACACGUGAGAGUUAAAGCGCUGCCGGCCACACACAUGUUCAGUUGACAGCAGCCUUCCUGUUGAAUAUGGCCUGUUGAAAAGCAGCUGGUAUAUUUGUACCUUUUACAGUCGAGAGCGAAUCACGCCGAGCCCCAAAGGAAGCGAUCGCCUGUGAAACGUAGAUCUGAAAAUAACAGUCGGCUGUCGGACAAUGUCGACUUAAAUUGGUCCGUGUUUUCAGUCUUAAUUUCGGUAGGUAGUAAAUACCAAAGACUAUAAUUUUGCCACUGAAUAGAUUCCACCUUGAGCGCGAAUGAAUUGUCAUAACAACGAAAUAACAUUGUUGCAGUGAAUACACGGCAGUCUACCUGUGAAUCAGUGCCCUACCAUGCACAUUUUUCGUUACAGACACAUAAUGCGUCCUUGAUUGAGUCCGACCACAUUUUUGUUUUGUGCGACCAAAAUGGUGACUUAAACGGACGUAUGCCCUUUCAAAAAAGAAAAAAUAUUCGCAUAAAAAUACCGCCUGUUUUGCAGAAUGCUCUGUUAAAUAUAACUUUAACAGUGUACUGAAUUUCCACUCAACUGGUUUAGAAGAGAGUGAUGUAGUCUAACGUUACUGUUUACUCUGUUGUGUUCGUGCACAUGUUUCCGACGAAGUUUCCCGCAAUAUGCCCUCAAAACUUGCUGGUUUUAAUUUGUUCUCUCACGUGUAGCGAUAAAUUGUUUCUGUUUCACAAGCCGCUUUUCUGCUCUGUUGCUUAACCUCUCCAUUAAAUAGCUUGUUACCGCCCACAGGGCUUUGUCUUCGUAGAAGUGAACGUCUUGUUGUUCUAUUGAUAUCAACACGUUCUUUCUUGUUUCUGUUAUUCAGGAGUUUGUAUGCGGUUUGUUGUGAGCAUUUGUCUGUUUUCUCUUAAUAAAGAGCUUCUCUGCCUACGCAAUUGAAUCUUUUGUCUGAAAAUUAUGUUAAAUUUUUUAACAGUUCCCAGCCGACGCCAAGUUAAUGAAGCCUGUCUUAUUUGGCGUCGAUUUUCACUGGUGUUUUUUUCAAUUCUUUAUUAAAGCAGUCCUUUGACGUAUUGUUAAGGUUGUUUUCUAGUCGGGGAAGCUGUUUAUGUUAAUACUUCACUUGUUGGAAUACGUGCCGUUAUUGUGUUUCUUCUGACUGCUGAAUGCACAGCCCUAUACCAAGUAAACUGUAAUAGACGAAACCUAGUGUGGGUUUGAGUGAAAAAAACAGUUGAUAAAUAAACGUUUUAUUAACUCUUUCCGCUCUUUAUAGACGUCAAACAUUUUGCUGUAAGCAGCUUUCCGUUUAUGCCUACAAGAUUUUAAACCUUCGUUUGGUGACAUCAACGCCAUCCUUUUGCUUUUGAACGCUUCUGCUCAGAGCUUCUCGUACGUGCUUACAUUUGCAUAACCACGCCACUGAAUUCAAUCCAAGAGUAAAAAAACAGUGCGGCAGAAUAAUUUAUAGAACGUCAGCGCCAUUCUUUUGCUUUUGAACGCUUCUGCUCAGAGCUUUUCGUACGUGCUUUACAUUUGCACAACCACGCCCCAGUGCAGCAGUAUAAUUUAUAGAACAACACAGCCAAAGUAUUUCUUGUAGCUCCUAUUUGUUUCACUUUGCAGGAACGAAAUAAAAUUCACCUUGAAUUUUAUUUCUAACUGUUAAUAGCGGAGCUGGGAAGGACGUUGGUUUUUUCAAAAUCGCUGUCUAUGCGGAUCUUUUGGAAUAUCACCUGAACAAAACUAAAAGCCCUAGAUGAAUCACGUUAUUAUUUUAGGCUUUGUUAUGUUUGAAUUCAUCCAAAAUUGUCAAAGUUGUAGCCGGGAGCGAAUCCUCUAAUUUUCCUGUCUUUAUACAAUUCCCGCCGGACGUCUAUAAAAAUUUUAAAUUUGGUUGCUGACACAACCCUUCUUUCAAACAUAACAUGGACUGGAUUAGGCUAGGCGAUAGAUUUUUUCAGACCUCAGUAUUAAAUGUUGGCUGCUGUAGUUACCUGCGGAACUCUCUCGCGCGGAGCGAGCAAAACUCGUUAUCUAUCCAUGCCCGAAAUUUUGAUUGUCACGUGUCCGUCCGUCGACCUGCCCAUGUAAUCAGGGCGGAUAAAGGUAGGGCGGUGAAACGAGGGCGUCCGAGCAAAAAGGUGUGAUGCAGUGGACUGGGACUCUGCUUAGAAAUGUCGCUUGUUUUCGACUUCGGUCAGGGUUUGCGAUGUGGUUUGUACAUGAAACACUGUCGCUGAAUUAUGGCAGCUUGAUUUGUUUUCUUGCACUUCUUCCUCGUUCCUUUGUGCUGGUACGCUGUCUCCGAGAGGCAAAUAUUGCUAUUUUUUUGCGGGAGGUUUAGUUGAAUUGGAGUAGACAAACAUCUCUUUCAAAGGGUUUCUUUUAUUACUUUAUCCGCCCUGCAUGUAAUAUAUUGUGCGAUCCGUGUCAAAGUCAAUUGACAGGAUAACAGCUAUCCAAUGUUUCAUGGCGGGAUCGCGACUGCAAAGUGGUGUUCUAUCUUGUCUGGGAGUGCAUGCCGGGGUGCAUGGUGGCUUCCACGAGUUUGUUUUAAUGAUAAGUAUUUAAUGGAAGCUCCCUCUUUAGGCUUGGCUUAAUCUGUAUAUCGUCAGGAGAUGUAACGUGCCAUCCGACUUAUUUUAGAAGAAAGGGGAAAGACAUAAUAGAUAUAUAGAGAAAAUAUGAUCGCUGGCUACAGGAGCGGUGGUAUUAUCUUCUGUCUGAAAAGUGUGGAAUGGAAAGAGGGAAUUGGAAGCUCUCCUCGUAUCAAUGCUAAAGAAAAUAGACCCUUCCAACGUUUUUUCAAGUUUUUAUGGGCAUAAUUUGGUGAAAAUCCUUUAACACCGCUGAAAAGACCGUCUUAACAUUCGUAAACUUGCCAAGUUUGAAAGUGAUUCGGCGUCUAAAGCGAGCGAGGAUAUAGCUCCUUAAAGUCGCGAAAUUUGAUAGACAUUUGUAUAGUGGGGGGCAUGAACUUCCCCCCCCCCCCACCAUAUAAAUCGUCUGUAAAUAUUAUACACUGUUCAACAAAUCACUGUCAAACUUGAUCAUGACUUAAUAACUGAUUUUAGGGCACAAUCAGUGGACAGGCUUUUCUCUUUGCCUCCCUGCUCUAAAUAUGCUCUGCUUUGUUUCCAUAGCAACCUUUACGAAUGAGAUUAAAAGUGACAUACAAGAUAAACGGCGUAGCCGUGAAUGAACAGGGCGAAGUCAACAGCUUCCCACCUGGACUCUGA